UCAGUGACUGUAAACAGAGAUAAGGCUCGGUCUGGCUGCCUUGGCUACCGAGGCAUGGCUGGCGUGGCCCGGCUGGCCAUUGCCCAGACGCACAGUGCUAGCCGCCAGGUCCACUCCUCCAGCGCAGCCCUCGCCACCCUCCGCUCCAAGAGUCACCAGCUGCGCCGUGAGCCCCGCACCUGCAGGCCGCCAGGACGCCAGGACGUGCGCACCGUCGGCGGGAGGCAAGGCGAGGCAAGGCAGGCCGAGGCAGGCGGCGGCCAGGGUCGCGUCGACAUCGUCGACAUCGGGCACCAUCAUCGUGUCGCGGGCCAUCGCGUCGCGGCGUCGCGGGGGUUGCAGCCUUCUCGCCAAUAAGUGAUGGUAGAGCUGGCCGCCGAUGAGGGGCCGUUCCGGACAACUGAGGCUGGCGGCAGAGAAGGCGGACAAGGCCCUCGCGGUGCUCGCCGCGCCAGCGCCAGCCGCGUGCUGAGGCGCCUUGCCAUCUUCGUCACCGUCCCGGCCGCCUACGUGGCCGUCGCCGCCCUCGGCCGCAGCCUCGGCCUCGCCGGAGCGCCCGCCGCCGCCUCCGACUCCGUUCCAGGCCGCGCGAGGCGCCACCUGCUAUGGGCUGAGGGAGAGAACUGCACGUCGCCGGCCAUCCUCGACUUCCCCCCAGACAUCUUCACGCGCUCCCAGCGGCAGCAUGGCGCGGCUCUGCUGCACGCCCUGGUCGCCUGCUACCUGUUCAUCCUGUUCGCAGUCGUCUGCGACGAGUACUUCGUGCCCAGCAUCAAGAAGCUAUGCAAAAGCUUCCGCAUGUCGGACGACGUGGCGGGGGCGACCUUCAUGGCGGCGGCCACGUCCUCGCCCGAACUGUUCAUCAACCUGGUGGGCACCUUCGUCACCGAGGGCGACAUCGGCGUCGGCGCCGUGGUGGGCAGCGCCGUGUUCAACGUCCUGGCCGUGCCCGCCUGCUGCGGCCUCUUCGCCAGCACGGCGGUGGCGCUGGACUGGUGGCCGGUGACGCGCGACAGCGUGGCCUACAGCAUCACCGUGAUGCUGCUCAUCUUCGUCCUGCGGGACGGCCGGGUCGAGUGGUACGAGGCCCUGCUGCUGGUCAGCGUGUACCUACUCUACCUCCUGGUGAUGUGCUUCAACGCGUCCAUGAGCCGUAAGGUGAAGGGUUGGUGGAGCCGCAGCCGCAAGGGCUCGGCACAGGAGCCCGGCGAGAGCAGCCCGCUGCUGGGGAGUGGAGGCGGCGUGCGCGCACAGGAGGAGGCCCCGGAGGAGGCGAAGCAGGCAUUCGCCGACGACGAAGACGAAAUUUCAGACUUGUCGCUGUCGGCCUGGCCCAAGGACUGCGCGUGCUGGGAGCGCUGCUGGUGGGUGCUCAUCUGGCCCAUCUCCCUGCUGCUCUUCCUCACGGUGCCCGACUGCCGGCAGCCGCGCUGGCGCAAGUGGUACCCCGUCACCUUCCUCAGCUGCAUCUUCUGGAUCGCCAUCACGUCCUACUUGGUGGCCUGGAUGAUCACCGUCAUCGGCGACACGCUGCAGAUCCCCGACUCCGUGAUGGGGCUGACGUUCCUGGCCGCCGGCAUGAGCGUCCCCGAGGCCGUGUCCAGCGUCAUCGUCACCAAGCAGGGCCACGGCGCCAUGGGCAUCAGCAACUCGCUGGGCUCCAACGUGUUCGACAUCCUGCUGUGCCUCGGCCUGCCCUGGCUCAUCAAGGCCGCCUUCUUCCCCGCGCUGCCCAACGACCACGGCGUCAUCAUCAACUCCCGCGGCCUGGCCUACUCCGCCAUCUCGCUGCUGUCCACGCUCUUCGGCCUGUACCUCACCUUCCUGGUCAACAGGUUCCGGCUGGACUGGCGGGUGGGACUCACCUGCCUGGCCCUGUACGCCGCCUACCUGGUGCUGGCCUCCCUCAUCGAGCUCAACGUCUUCUUCGUGGUCAACCUGCCCUCCUGCCCCGUCCCGACCUAGUCACUCAUUUUGUACAUAGUUUCGCUCUCAAAAUAAAGUUGUAUUUAUGUCCUUUCA